ACCACCAUCACCACCAAACCAACCCGACCCAACCCCCGCCUCCCGCUCCGGCAUCAUCGCCAUCAUCAUCAUCAUCAUCGCUGCAAAAUGUCGCAGUUUUCCAGUGAAGAUGAGGCAAAGGUUCAGUCUUUGCUCAGGCAGUUACUGAAGAGUACGAAGGAGAGAAUCUCGGGAGCACCUUCGGUUGAAUGUGCGGAGGAGAUCCUUCUACAUUUGGAGGAAACUGAUGAAAAUUUUCACAAUUAUGAGUUAGUGAAAUACUUACGAAAGUAUAUCGACACAGCACUGGGCUCUGUGAUAGAGGAAGAGACUGAAAGAUGCACCACGACAGAAGGCCGAACCUUAGGGUCUGGCCAAGACACACUUGUUCAUCAUGUCACAAGAAAAACACAGGAAUCUAGAGAGUACAAGGAAAUGAUGCAGUCACUGAAGAACACUAUGAUGAUAGUUGUCGAAUCUUUGAUCAACAAGUUUGAAGAAGAUCAACUAAGGAAAGAAGAACUACACAGAAAAAAGCAACAUGAGCAGCGCAGUGAUUAUUCCAUGGAUAACUGUUCUGACAGUGGCUCCUCAUUCAAUCAGAGUUACACCUUUAUGAAUCAGGAACAAUUAGAGAUUAUAGCAGAAAGACUGGAUUCUACCCAGCCCAAGGAGGUUCGACGGGAGGCUCUGCAGACUCUCUGCUGUGCUCCCCCCUCUGAUGUACUGAACUGUGAAUGUUGGGUCACUCUCCGCAAAUGCCUUGCAACAACGCUUUCAGACCCAGAUGCUACGCUGAGUGACAAAAGUCUAAGGUUUUAUGCCAAAACCUUUUCAUCAUCACCAUUCAACAUUACAAGAGAAAUCUACACAAGUCUGGCUAAGCAUUUGGAGUCCUGCUUUACAUCACAGCAAAGUCAAAUUCCCACUCUCUCUGCUGGUGUGGAUAUCACAAAUCCUGACAUUGUGCGGCUGCUUAAAAAGUUUCGUCUCCUUAAUGAGUUCCAGAAAGAAGUUCACUUGUUUUGGAUACGUCAUCCAGAGAAGUUCAUGGAGGAGAUUGUGGAGAGCACUCUGUCUUUGUUGUCAGUAACUCAUGAGCAGAGUCCGAGAGUCGAUUCCUCAUACCCUGUGCUGGAGCCUAUUUACUUCCUGGCAUUGUUGGAUAUAAAAGCCUCCUGGUUCAAGAAAUGGAUGCACGGUUACUACAGCAGAACAGUGGUUCUCAGACUCCUUGAAAAUAAAUACAAGUCUUUGAUAGCCGCGUCUGUUCAGUGCCUAGAUUACUUUGAUUCAGGUAAUUUAGGGGAUGACGGGACUGGCAAUUUAAAUAUCAAGAUGCAUCAACAUCACCUAAAUAACAGUGUACGUAGGACAUACUAUACAAGGCAUGAGCUGCAAUAUAUUUACUUUAUCCAUUCACUUUGCCUUCUGGGAAGAUUACUGAUGUACACACAUGGAAGGAAGCUAUUUCCGGUGAAGGUGAAAAACAGAAAAGAACCAGUGUCUCUGAUGGAUUUAUUAGUGCUGUUAAUUCGCAUGAUGUACCAAAACUCAAACUCAACACAAACUGGAACUCUUUUGCAAACAGAUUCUUAUCUGCCAGCAAAUCUUGUGAUGGAAGUUCUGCGCAUGUUAUGUGGCCGAAAAGAAUGUGCCACAGAGUGCCUCUACAGAAGUAUUGUUAUUGAUUCCCUCCUCUUUCCAAUCUCCACAUUACUAAAAGGAAAGCAGGUGGCAAUUGCCUCUGAUGAAACAAUCCUGACAAACAUAGCAGAUAUUUUGGCAAGGAUUGCCUCCACUGACCGAGGGCUUUCACUGCUCCUUUUUGGUGAAAAUAACAAACGUGCUGAAGGAGACAGACUUUCUGCUGCACAAAUCAUUGCCGACUUUACUAAAAAGUUGCUUGAUGGAGAGCUUCCUGCUUUAGCUUCAUCUGAACCAUCUCCAAGUCUGAAGGGAGCUUUCAUCUUUGUAUGUCGUCAAAUGUACAAUACCUGUGAAGGUCUAGAGGUGCUUAUGCCUUAUGGGCUACAUAAAUCCAUCUCCAUGGCAUGGAAAAAGGCUAGUGUCAUCUCAGAUCGGAUACCUACACCCAUGGCAGGAACUGAAUCUGGUUCUUCGACAGCUCAUGAAUUGCAAAACAUGAUGCUCUUGGAAGAAGCACUGCUGGACAAUCUGCUGAAUUUUGCUGCCACUCCUAAAGGGUUAUUGCUUUUGCAGCAGACAGGAGCGAUCAAUGAGUGUGUGACCUACAUGUUUAGCAGAUUCACGAAAAAGCUCCAAGUCAGCAAAUGUGAAAAAUUUGGAUAUGGAGUUAUGGUUACUCAGGUAGCCGCGACAGCUCCUGGUGUUGUUGCAUUGCAAAGUUCAGGUUUCAUCAAAGCCCUUUUAAUGGAACUUUGGUCAGUGUUGGAGUGUGGAAGAGAUGAUGUGAGGAUGAUCCACCCUAAACCAACACCAGUGGAUCCCAUAGACAGAAGUUGUCAGAAGUCAUUCCUCGCUCUGGUGAACCUACUAUCAUCUUUCCAUGCUGUGUAUGAACUGAUUGGUAAUCAGCCACUGCCAAACAAGGCAACCUACUCCUUACGAGAAGUGCCUGGAUCCAUUCUUGAUCUAAUUGAUCGACUGGUAAUUUUGAAUUCAAAUGCAAAAAUACACUCGUUGUUCAACUAUGAGCAGUCCCAUGUCUUUGGUCUUAGGCUAUUGAGUGUAAUGUGCAGCAAUCUAGAUACCCUCAUACUUUUGGAAUCUCAGUACAAUGUAUCAGAAAUCCUUCUGAAUGCACAGAAAGAAAAUGUCAGAGAAACUUCAGAAAACCCAGUAGAUUUUAUAAUUGACAGUCUCUCUGUGGAGAUGAAUCAUAUACUUGUUCGUAUGAACCUGGUUGGUGGACCGACAGAACGCAUUUUGCCUUCUAGAGCUUUGCAGAAGGCAAAUGACCCUCAUCCUUGGCCACUGUUUGCUUCGUUCCCUUUACCAAAGUGUUACCUUCAAGAAGCGCCAAAACAAUUUCCUCUGAAACAAGAUAAUGAAUUUAGCAAGUUACUGAAAAAUUCAGAGAAGCAGGCAAGCUGGCUGGAGAACUGUAGAAAGCAGUUUUGUAAAACCAUGACAACCAAACCUGAUAUCAUCAAGGGAAGCAUUCUUGCAGAAUUAUUGGAAACAGUUGUUACUCAUCUCGCUGCUAAUACCUCAGCAUGCUUCUUCCCUCAAGCAGCAUAUAAAGCCACUGAUGCCUGUGUCAAGAAUCUCAAUCUUUCCCCUAUUCAGCGAGUUGGAAUAAAGACUGCUAUCAGAUACGGAAGAUAUCUUGGUUUACUGAAGAACAAUUCUGACCAAGAACUUGAAAUUUUCCUGAAGCAUUGUGAGAUGUUUCUGAAACACCAGCAAACUGCAAUAAGAUCUUCCCUUUGCUGUCUACAGGGAGCUUAUGUUGGGCAUGACUGGUUUGCAUCCACAGCAUUUCUAAUAAUGUCAGGGGACAUAGAGAAAGCUUUAAAAUUUCUGCAACAAUUCUCAAACCUUCUCACCUCAGCAUUCCUCUGGCUGCCCCGCCUGCAUGCUUCUAUGCAUCUUCCUGUGGAGAUUGCAGAGUCUGCUAUCCACCCCGUAUAUUCCUGCACAAGUCACUACAUUGAGAUGUUACUGAAGGCCGAGGUGCCACUUGUCUUCUCAGCAUUCCGCAUGUCAGGGUUCACUCCUUCCCAGAUCUGUCAACAAUGGUUGGCUCAAUGCUUCUGGAACUAUUUAGACUGGACUGAGAUUUGUCACUACAUUGCUAUCUGUAUUAUCUUGGGCCCAGACUAUCAAGUCUAUAUGUGCAUAGCUGUGCUGAAGCACUUGCAGCAAGAGAUUCUUCACCACAUGCAGACUCAGGAUCUCCAGAUUUUUCUUAAGGAGGAAGCAAUCCGUGGAUUUCGGGUGAGCAACUACUUAGAAUUUAUGGAAAACCUGGAGCACUCUUACAGAAUCACUGUACUGACAGAAAUGAGAAACAUUAAGUCAUAAAAGGUCUGCCUCAAGACUUCCUCUUCGCCCAUGCUUCCGGCCACCUUCCACCUUAUCCAUGUUCCCCACUACCAGCUUGGGUGCAAAGCUUGGAUUGUCCAGCGUGUUGGGAAUUGAAAGGCAUUUUACAAAUGUCAAUUUGUAUUGAUAUCAGUGGCUGAUAGUAGGCAACUUAAACAUAUGCAUACAGUUCUUCCAACCAGGGCUGAAUACCCUGGUUGGAAGCACCUUGGGACGUCCUCCCAACUUGAA